AUGAUUCAAAUUGUUUUUUUAAAAAAUAAGUCAUUGUUUUUAAUAUUUAUUAGUUUUUGUACAAUAUUUCAUUCUUCUAACACAUUCAUAUUAUCUCCAAUUAGAUUCUCAACAUCGCAUAAAAAUAUAUAUAGGUUACCACUUCGAAUAAACACAACACUUUACUCUGAAAAUGAAGAUUCUUCACAAGAAAUUGAUGAAAACACUAAUAAUAAUGACUAUGGUGAGUCUAAAGUGCCUAGUACACAGAUCGCAGAGGAUAAUAAUUUGGGCCUAAAAGAUUCUACCCCUGUUAAAUAUACAGAUAUAGAAUCCGGCUCCGAAUCGUCAAUGGAUGUAUCUAUUGAAAACUUCGAUAAAUUCCACUUUGACCCAGAAAUAUAUAAAUCCAUGAUAGAAAGCUAUAAAGAGUUUAAAGGACCAUCAUACUCACUUUCAGAAUACAACAAACCACUCCCUGAAGGAUGUAGAACGAUUGUUGACUUUUUGAAAUACCCUAGAAACUACAAUUUCGCAAGAGCAGGGGACCUUUCUCUUAAUAUGGAUAAAUUGAUUAAAGAUAAAGGUGCUGAUGUGUCGGCAGAAUUUGAAGAUUUCGAUUAUGAAAAAAGAAUGGAGGGACCUUAUCUUGAAUCAGGAUAUCAAAAAAUAGGUGACUUAUCAAAAUCAACAACAAAAAGGUAUUUUACUCGUGAAGAAGAUGAAGAACCCAUUGAACCAGAACAAAUGCUUAGUGUUUUGGAACAAAAGGACCUAAAAUCAAUUAAAGAAUUUAAAUCAAAGUCAAACACUGAAACUGAAACAUCUAAUGAGAUUUUAGAUAAGGAGGAACAAGACGACGUUCCACUAUCUAAAAUCAACCGAAAUUAUUUUAUGUUUGACUCAUACGGAUAUCUUCAGCACUACCUAAAACAUAUCAACAAGUACAAAUAUGAAGUUUUCAGCUACCAUAAUAAAAAUGAUGAAAAGCCGAGCUUUUAUCUAAACCAUGAAUACAUUAAUGAAAUUGAAAAGCCCUUCCCUCCACCAACUAGUAACACAAUGGCUGUGAGAGAACAUUUUUUAAGCUUGAUUCCAAGUCUAAUGGAUAAAUUGGUGGAUUAUAUUAAAAAUGACCCUAAUAAGAAUAAAAUUCCGUCACCACCAAUGCAUGACAUGAGGUUACUGGAGAACUACAAGAAACCGGAGUAUUUGGAGGACGAUUACGAAUCUGAUGGAGAAGUAGAUUACGAAAUGUACGCUAGUAUUAAAACCCUUCAUGACCCGCAAAAUGAUGUAAUAUAUCCGUUUCACGACAUUGAGCCCGUUUUAAAUAGGCAACUUCUGUCCACAUACCUUGAAAUAUAUAACACUCAGGAUUUGGGUCCGCUUAAAUACUAUAAAUUCUACAGAUCGAAAAGUAAACACUUGAAGACUAAUACAUUCCCGACACAUACGAGACCACCAAAAGCGGAUUCUGAGUUGAAUUCAGAAGAGGAACCUAAUAAUAAAGUUUUCGUUGAAAGAAGGAUUAAAGUGUAUGAACAUGGUAAGAAAAAGAGGGGAAAGGCUAUGGUGUACCUGGAACCCGGAAACGGAAACAUAAUCAUUAACAAUCGAGAUGGAUACCAAUAUGUGUACUAUAACGAGUUUAGACUUCGAGAAAUUCUCGAACCGCUAUCUAGACUACAAAUUAAUACAAACUUCAACAUUGUUGCAAUGACUCAAGGUGGAGGUAUUGCAGGCCAAAGUGUAGCAAUUAGGCACGCACUUGUUCGAUAUCUAUAUAGAAUCUUAUCACCAAAGCUCAAGCCUAUACUUAGGAAAUUCAAUCUAGUAAGUAUUGAUAGAAGAAGAGUUGAAAGGAAGAAGACUAAUUUGAGAAAAGCAAGGAAGAAAGAAAAAUAUAGUAAAAGAUGA